UGACAAAUUGUUUGCAAGUCUAUGUGGAUACGUCGGGGAGCAUCGAACACACAGCUUGAGCUCAAGAUACUGCCGGUUUUCAAUUCAGCUGAAAUCCCAAAACGCAAGGAUGAGAAGGAUAGCUUUAUACCUGGGAAUCUGCAUUUUGGCUUCUAUUCCGAGUGUUACAGCUAUAGCAGCGAAAGAAUGCAAUGAGGAAAAGAAUAUGGGAACUGUGAAAGAUUCCAAACCAAAAUCCAUAAAUUGGUACUAUGACUCCAAUCUGGACAAAUGCUCACCAUUUCUCUACAACGGGGAUGGAGGCAAUGGGAACAAUUUUGACACAGAGACAAUUUGUUUACAAAUUUGUUCUGAGCAGUAUACAAAACUGUUCCCAGAAGGUGAUGCCAAGUGUAAACUGGAGAAGGCGAAAGGAGACUGCAAGGCUUUUCUCUUGAGGUGGUACUACAAUGCAGAGCAAAACAAAUGCGAAACAUUCUUCUACAGCGGCUGUCAUGGCAAUGGAAACCAAUUUGCGACCGGCAAUGAAUGCAGGACCCUUUGUGUUCGAUCUGGAAGAGGUGGCGCAGAAGAGAUACCACAAGAUGUUUCUGACUCGGAUGCAGGCACAACUGUUGCAAUUGUGUUCGGAUGUCUCUUCGGUAUUGUCGUUGUUGGCGCUGUGGUUGGACUUGUGCUGCAAAGGAAAAAGUAUAAAAGUAAAUCAAAAGGCACAACGGAGGUGGAGAUGCAGUAAACGUCAUGCAGUUCAUCAUAAUCACAAGAAAAAUUACUGUUAUGUUGAUAAUUUCCCAUCAUUUAUUGGUACCACUCCCACGAUUACUUUAUUUUAAAUAGUGAUUUUUGUACCUUGACUUUUUUUUAAAAACACAAAAAUGUGGCAAAUGCAUAAUGUGUGAUGUCAAAUAUUCCAUUUGUUCAUCAGUGCUUCUCUUUUCCAAACGCAAAUGGACCAUGUUAUCACCAAGUUAGUGAAGUGAUUGCGGGUACUCCUAUAUACAGUCAAUACUGAAGUCCUGUAGCUCAGUGGUUAGAGCACUUGCUUUCCAAGUGAAAUACCUGGGUUCAAUUCCAGGCAGAGCGAAACCUUGGGCAAGUUUCCUUACUCCACACACCUAAUAAUAAUCCCUCCAACAAUCAAAACAAUAAUAAAUUUUUCAAUCCAUGACUGUUUGUGGGACACUGCUGUGCGCAAUUGGCUGCCGCGUUUCGCCCACAAAUAUACAGUCAAUUCACUUUAUAGCAUAUUCCGUGAAGCGCUUUGAGACGUUUAGAAGGCAUGAAAAGCACUAUAGCAAAUGCAAGGAUUAUUAUUAUUACUCCUGUUAUAUCGAAAAGGCAAGCCAGUGACAAAAAAAAUGCUUACACUCAUGAAUAUAAUAGAAGUAACUAAACAUUUCACCAACAUAUAGAGGAAGAAACUGUGACCAUGAUAACAAUUUCCGUGGAUCUGGAUUUUGCCAGAAUUUUGACGGGUUCAAGUUUGCAAUCAUGAUUUAGACAAGACUCUGUUUAACCAAAGCCUUUGUUCAUUCAUUUGUGAGGAAAGAAAAGUUGCUGCAAUGAAGUAAAUUAUCGGGAAUGUUAUAGCAAAAUACGGUGUGAAAUAAUGCUGUAAUGUAAGGGUAGAGCAUAUGGCUAUUUUCGUACCUGAUCCUGGAAUAUGGAGACUUUUUAGGUGAAAUAAAGAAAUUCAGAAAAUGUG